AUGACCGAAGGAAUCCCCCCGGCCAUUGAGACAGUGUACAGUCUCGAAGGCCAGGGUUCCCUCCGGCCUCAACAGGCCCAUAUUCCCAUGCACAAGGCAGACUCUAGUCAAGAUUAUGAUCAGCCUGGACACCACGACACUAUCCAACGAGGUGAUGCCAGCCAACUACACUACGGACAAUUAGCUGUCGCUGCGGCCCGCAGCGUCACCCAGACGUUUCAAGUCAAACUGAAACCUCAUGCUACGAAUGCCAUGGUUUGCCACACUACACAACGAAAUGUGCCUGAAUGGACAAUGUGGGACUGGUUUGAAGCUGAUGGGUCUGGAGGGCAAGCCAGAGCAAGCUAG